AUGAAGCUCCAUACACUGGAGGUAAUGGUUCUUUCUGGACUUGUCUCUACUGUAGCAGCAAGAUCCGGUUCCCGUCAUGAAAAGCCCAAACUUCCACCAACCAAGGUGGAGAAUUUCACCUGGAGCGACCCAUUUGCCAACGAAGCUAUCAGCGGAUUCAAAGUCGCCUGCGAAGUCAAGAGGACGUUUGCAGCCUCGGAGUUCCUCCUUCAUGAUCUGUACGAGGACGAACCGCUAGGGCUAUGGCCCUACGCGGGCGCAUUGAGGAAGUUUUUCAUAGGCCGCCCCUAUCCAGGGAGUUGGGAUGGCAUGGAUCCGCAUCAAUACGACCGGAGUGUGCUCAAGAUGGCUUAUUCAGCUCUACCCGUGGAAGUGAGGGAGUGGAUCGAAACGCAGGAGCAGACCGAAGGGAAGGGCAAAGGCCUAUUCGCUGUCUACGAGAAACCCCAGGAUGCUAAGACGCAAGUCAAGGCCACAGCAGAUCUAUCCUUGCCGGAGAAAGAACCAAAGGCGCGGGCACCGGACGACAAAAGAAUUACCAUAUUUGCUCCUGGUGCGCUGUACGAGAUCCUUCCGCUCUUUGUUGCAGGAGAUAGCGAUUGUAAAGGUCAGUGUGGCAUCCAUAUUACUAAGGGACGUUCGUUGCUUAUGCUAACCGUUGUGACUCCUCCAGGCGAUCUACUUGAUUUGGCAAGGUACACGCAGGAAUUAAAGCAAGGAGCGGUGGUGGGAUGGAUACAGCACAAGGCACCUGAUCGAAGCAAAUCGAGGCGUGAUAUCGAAUUCACAAUUAGAGUGCAGAUACUCGAUAAUGGCGACAUGCCUCUAGCGGGGCAAGACAGCGUGGCCAGUGGCAAGGAUGAGCUCUAA